AUGCUGUAUCUUGAAGACUAUUUAGAAAUGAUCGAGCAUCUCCCGCAGGAGCUGAGGGAUAGGUUUACGGAAAUGAGAGAAAUGGAUUUGUCUGUUCAGAAUAACAUGGAUACGCUGGAAAAGAGAGUCCGUACCCUUUUUAGCGGGUGCAGACGUGGAGAAUUAAACACCGAGCAAGCAAAUACUGAAUUUUCUGACAUUAAGCGUGGAUACAACAAGACCCUUGAGGAAGCUGAAGAAAAAACAUCUCUAGCAACUCAGAUGUAUGACUUAGUCGACCGAUAUUUACGCAGACUUGACACCGAACUACAUAAGUUUAAAUGUGAAUUGGAAGCUGACAACAAAGGAAUUACUGAGCUUUUGGAGAAACGAUCUCUGGAACUUGAUGUGAACACCAAUCACACUAGCACAUCAAAUAACAAUCAUUACAAAGAAAACAGAUACCGCAUCCGGGCUGAAAAGCGAAGAGAUAGCUGGGGUAAUCGUGAAUCUCGGGGUCAUGCAUCGGGAACUUUAUCUAGAACUGAUUCAGCUAUCCAGGCUGCCUUAGGCAGGGACUCCUAUUCUUUAGGUCAUGCAGGUAGCGCUAUUGCAGCUGCCGCUAGCCAAGCUAUAGCAGCUACUCAACAGAUGCAGCACGGUCGCCGCACGGCCUCCCUGAAAGCUUCGUAUGAGGCUGUGGCGGGCGGUGAACUGGCACACCAUACCUUGCAGACACACCACACACAUCACGACCAUGGACACGGCAUGGCAUCAAGCCAUAGUCAAAACAAUAGUGUUCAUGGACAUCACACUACUGCUCAUGGACACAAUACUUCAUCUUCUUCUAAUAAGAGGAACAAACAAAAGAAAAGCAACAGUUACAGCUCUACCGGCGUGUCGGCCCAUUCUCAGCAGGCCGUCGCAUCGGCUGCUAGUCGGUCAUCUUCACCUACAGUUGUGGCCAUGAACAACGUCGUGAACAAUGUUGCUAUUGAAGAGCCAAUGGAGGAGGAAUGGACGUACGAUCCCAACGAACCUCGCUACUGUAUUUGCAAUCAGGUAUCAUACGGUGACAUGGUCGCUUGUGAUAAUCAGGAUUGCCCAUAUGAGUGGUUUCACUAUCCGUGUGUGGGUAUUACCGCCCCACCGAAAGGCAAAUGGUACUGUCCACAGUGUCAAGGUGCUAUGCGUCGCAACCGUACCCACCGAAAGAACUGA